CCCCUUAUCGGCGCUGGUUCACUUGGCGCGCGGUCGCGCAUCGAGCAGACGACGCGCCUUCAAACCUCGUGCGCGCCGCGCGCGUGGCGCUGAUUUCUCCGGUAGUUCUCUGCCCUUUCGGCACUAUUUCUGCGUCUCUAUUCACUGGCCGUUGGCCAACGGUGCCAGCCUUAGCGCAGUUUACUCGCUGUCCCGCUAGUCGCGAGAAGAGGCUUCCCAGUCCCGACGCAAACGUCGCGACAGCAGUGUUUUGUCUAGCCACGAACUCGCCUUCGCGUGUGUCGUCCGUCUCGUGACUACACUGUGUUCCGCGAGAGCACGUGCGCGGACAUUCCUGGAGAUUUAUCCGCAACCUUCCGUGUCUACAACCGUUCUACACCUGCCAAGCCCACUUCAUCAGGAAAACAUUUUUGGCUUCUCUGCACAACUUUACUGUCAUGUAUCCGCAGAUUUCGCUCUUGGCCGCUGUCUGCUUCACGGCCUUCAUACGUUACGUCACUCCCGAGGAGCUAGUGCCCGACCUGUGCAACCUUAUAGACCAACCCAUGUACUGUCGUUGUGACACCUCCGACCUCGCAGAGGAAGUGACCGACGUUACGUGCUACGUGGGCCGGAAGCUGCCACCCGAUCAUAUCGUCUUCGAAUCAUUUAAGCGGCAGCCUGCCAUUACCGCAUUAGCCUUCAAUGCCUUCGGAGGCGAGUACAGGCUCGGAUUCGUCCCAACGCAGGCGCUGCGCCACACGCCGGAUCUAGAGCGGCUAAAGGUCUCUCAAGCGGAGCUCGGGGAUCUCAAGCCACACGCGUUCCACAACCUAUCGCGGCUCGCCGUCCUCUCACUGGAUUCAAACGAGAUCACCAGCUUGGAUGCCGACGCCAUCGCGGACCUUCCCCGCCUCAAGAAGCUCGAGCUCGCCGACAACAAGCUGAUAAGGCUGCGGGCCGGCUCCCUCAAGAACCUGCCCUCCCUGACGCAGCUGUUCCUCGAGCGCAACCAGCUGGAGUUGGUGGACGACGGCGCGUUCGAAGACCUGGGCGCCCUUCGCGAGUUGGAGCUGAGCGACAACGUGAUCCAGAAGCUGAGCGAGCAAAGCUUCCGGGGUCUUCGGCGCGUGGCGAGGCUUGACCUGUUCCGCAACAAGCUGACGCGCCUCGAGGCUCGCGUCUUCAGCGGCAUGCCCCAAUUGGCUGAGCUGGACCUCAAGUACAACGAGCUCUCCGAAGUCGACCCGCUGGCCUUCGAAGGGCUGCCGCAACUGACGGUGCUCUACAUGUCGUACAACCGACUGCGCGUGCUUCCCGCGCACAUGUUCCGAGGGGCUCCCAACCUGGUGUCCGUGGACCUGUCGCAGAACCAGCUGCUCACGCUUACCUGGAGGACGAUCCAGGACCUGGCGAAGAUAGACGCCGAGUCCUUCGACAUGAGCCUCACCGGCAACAAGUUCAGCUGCGACUGCCGGCUGUCGUGGAUACUACACCUGGAGAACGCCACGCGCAACGCCAAAUUCCGUCGCGAACUGCGCCACGUUAAAUGCGAAUUCGAAAAUGUCUCCGCCGCACCAGCAAACAUGACUGCCAACAAGGUGGUCCGAUUAAGCCUAAAACAACUGAGGUGCGCAGAGGAUUACGAGAGACCGGCCCUGGGACAAGAGGCAACGACUCUGCCGCCUGAGCGUCGUCCUCAUGUUGCCGACGACGAUGAAGCUGACGCGACCGGCGGUCUGGGUCACUCUGAUGAAUUCUCAUCCGAUACUCGCCCGAGUCAACAUGAAAGUCGGGGCGAAGUUUCGCCAAUGACGAACGAUGUCGAGGUAAUUCUGAACCAGCGUAAAUCGAUCGAGAACGAUUCAUCGGCGUCUUCGACAAGAACCAACGCCAUCGGUUCAGCAAACAAUUGCCACCUGGCGGAGUCUACGCUCGUGUCAUUUUUGCUCGUACUGUGCGCGAUAGCCAGUAACUGUUACAGGUGAUUAGGUCUUUUGCGCGCAGUUUAGAGCAGUCAGCUUAUUUUUUUUUCAGCCGCGAGCUUUGCAGCCCUUAAAGACCCAUUGUUUGACAGUAUCGAAGCUGUCCGAAAAAGAAAAAUAAUAAGAACAUCUGAAGUCGUGGGAUGCUGACAUUGAAACUUUGGUAAAAUUUUUUGGCAGUUUUCGAGAUUGUACAUAAGUGGGAGAAGAGAAACAAAAACUUCAAAUACGCAUCGUCUGUCAUACGGCCCUGCAGACUUCUCUUCGUGUAAUUGUUGAAGCAUAAAGCAUCAGCAUGGUCCCUUGGAAGCUUGUAUCCAUGCAUUAAUAUUAAUCUUGUCGCUCUUGCCCACUUGUAUCUUGUAGUUCUGAUUCGAAUCAAGUGACAAGUUAGAAUGUACUUUUUCAAGUAUCUGGUUCGAGUAUUUAUUUUCAUCGACACAGCACGUUGCUAGCUCAUGCUGAUGUGAAGAUGCGUUAGCAUGCCCGCACCGGGUCUUAGCAGCGUGAUGCCAUCGCUGGCGUGGUGUUUUCUCCUCAGAGUAUCCUGCACAGUGGAGCGGAUUACGCUUGUAUCGAGAUAUGAUCGCACCUUGAACAGAACUGGCAAUUUCGAACAGGCCAAUGAAUGAGUUCAGAGGGGCGCGGAAACAUGGGAAUUACUGUUCCCACUUGUUCGCUAGUUGUGCUGUUGCGGACAGUACCCAUGAUGUCUUGUAAUAUGCUUCAAACCGAGUCCUCAAUGAAGUCACCCCUAUAUCUGCAAAACGCGACUCUCCACGCACAGAACUAAAGAAAAAUGUGUACGCCGACUCAUGUGUGCCCACUUAAUUUAUUAUACCUGCCUUCCUCACAGCGCACGUCGCCCACUGCCACUGCUCUAAGUAGGGCAAUCAAUCGAUAUGUAUGUAGUCCAUCCCCAGAAAGGCAUUUCUCGCAGAUCAAUAAAGUUAGAAGACCAAA